AUGCACCCGCCAGAUGACGCCGAUUUGAGGUGGCAAACACUCCAAAUAAUCCACACACUAUUUUUGAGAGCCAAAACCCUACCAACCAAAGAUGAUGUCAAUCGAGGUGCAUUUGCACGACUUGCGCUCGAACAUUUUGCAGCUCUCGAAUCUGCUCUGGAAGCCAACUUGGUGGAAUUUGAAGAGCUUGUCAACCCAGAGAUUCUCCAGAAAGAAGUGCAGCACACCUAUGAACCGCCAUCGGUUACUUGUUUCCCAAGACUAGUACAAUUACGGAAGCUCUUCCAACAGGGGAAGACCCCGUCAACUGGCGAAGACGACUUCAAUGACGUGUUGGGUGUCCCAGAUGCAAAUGUUACCGACAUUCGACCUGAGUCAAGCUUGGUCGACAGAGACCGUAGCAGACGGCCCUUUCAGCUCACCAGUUAUAUCCGGUUUCCAAGAGACCGAAAGAAGCUGGAGACAUUGGGGACGGUCAUAUUUAACUUUGCAACAGCCAUUGAAAAAUACUUUGGACGCCCAGAGCAUGGAGAUGCAAAAGAAUACACUUUUGACGAGCUCAGUCAUAUUCGCUAUGCACAAGAAUUUUCAUCUUUAUGCACAUCACUCUUUACUCAAAUGGCCACGAAGACCAAAUGCGGGAAACCACACAGCGCAAUGGUUUACCUCUCCGGGCUCAAGGAAGACCAGCUGAGGAUGAAAAUUUCUACAUGUCAAGAGAAAGACUGGAUCUCGACAGUUUUUACAAGGUCGCUCGAUAAGCCUCCCAGGGAUGUCUUUCAGCCCGAUCGUAUUUGCUCUCUUCUUCCACCCGGCGUUAAAUCGUCCGAGGUACUGCAUAUCUCAUUCAAUUCAGAACACAUGUGGAUCAGCAAUGACGUGGUCGAGCCAGGUGUCUCUGGUGAUUCUGACGGAAAAAGGCUUGAUUUUAACAACAGAACAAAGCUGCCACUAAUGUACCGCAAAUUAAUUGGUGCUCUGCUGGUGGCGUCAGUGUUCCAGCUCACUGGCAGUCCAUGGAUUGAGCAACGUUUAGGGCCAGACUCCAUCCCUUCCAUUGUCCCAGCGCCAAAUAGCAGCCAGCUUGAACAAUGGUGUCCCAGAAUACGCUGUACUCUGGAGCCGCCGCAAUAUGCUUGGUCGCAUGGCCAGAAAGUCGCAGGUCUUGGAAUUAUGAUUAUGGAGCUGGAGAUUGGCCGCGAAGCUGAGUGGACUAAGAAUGACGAAGACUUGAGCACUGGCAAAUUUUCGAUCUAUGCUCAACUCAAGCGGAUGCUAAAAGAAUGGAAAGACGAGAUCACUGACGAUUAUCGACAAAUUGCAGAGUCAUGCCUCAACUUUGACACUCUGGUCGACAAUCUUGAACACCAAGAUAUCACAGAAGAUCAAAAAGGCCAGGCGAUUAUCUACAAACAUAUCCUUGUGCCUUUAGUGAGGAAGACGACGAAAGACUUUAACAGUCUGGAGUAUCUCUUCAAGGACAUGAUCCGACCUGCCUCUGCUACGACCUCACCCAUCAAGACAUCUUUCAAGGACGCGCCAAAACUCGUCUUGUUCGACGAUGACUACAACACAGCCAGCCUCGAUGACAUAAAUUCGGCCAAUUCAUUUAUGACAAGUUUAGUCCCUUUUCUCGUAACCAUUACUGAACUUCGGAGGACUGCUGAAGGUAAGAAGGAUGGUGUGAUUACUAAAGCGCCAGAUAAAAUCAGGAUCGCGGUGUUGGACUCUGGCGUCGAUGGCAGCCAACAAGCAAUUCGCGGAGCAAUGACGUCAAAUCAUAUCGUGAAGGAGAAAAGCAAAAGUUUUGUCAACCACCCAGACAGCUGGAGGGAAGACCCUUACGGCCAUGGAACGCAUAUCACACAGUUGCUCAUCAAGAUGACGACGAGCUGUGCUGAGAUCUACGUUGGCAAGGUCUGCACUGAGAAGCAAAUUAGUGCGGAGGAAAUGCCAGGAAUAGCCAAGGUAGGACUCACGGGCGCAAAAGCCCACGUUGCAGUUGACAAUGACAAUGCUGACGCGUUCAUUGCACAGGCAAUCGAUUGGGCUGUCAAAGAAUGUAACGCGGACAUCAUUUCAAUAUCCUUUGGUUAUGAGGAGGAGAACGAUGAGAUUGACACAGCGCUCGAGAACGCCAUUAAUGCGAAUAAGCUUAUUAUUGCCGCCGCCUCCAACAACGGUGGGGUCUUGGGGCGUUCGAGACCAGCUCGUCGAGAGGGUGUCAUGUGCAUUCACGCAACAGAUGGCAAGGGUAACAAAGGCAAGAUGAACCCUUCACCGAUCCCACACGCCAACAAUUUUGCCACACUUGGGGUUGCGAUAACGUCGAGACGGAAGGGGGAAGAUAUCCACCUCUCCGGGACUUCAUUUGCGGUGCCUGUUGCAGUAGGGCUUGCCGCCAACAUCUUGGACUUUGUGGCGCUCAAGAGGCAUCAGAUGUCCCUCAAGCGCCACCAUCUCAAGGGUGUGCGCCGGAAAAACGGCAUGGAGGCAGUAUUCCGAGCCAUGUCUGUGCCAAGAGACAAGUACGACUUUGUCCACCCAAAUCACAUAUGGGGCAGCGGGGGAACACACGUGGCUUGCAAAGUGAUCAAAGGGGCUUUGGAUAGGGUCUGUUAA